GACUUAUCUAAUCUAGACUUGGAUCGAAUUAUUUUCUCAAAUUGAUCUGUACUGAGCUGAAUUACGCCUAUGUUCCAUUAGACCACAGUAGGAGUAAGAUUAAAAUGGGGGAGGAACUACGAUUCGACGGUCGCGUUGCUCUUGUUACAGGGGCCGGUGGAGGUCUUGGAAAGGAGUAUGCCCUCCUUCUUGCAGCAAGGGGAGCCUCGGUUGUGGUUAAUGACCUUGGAGGAGACAGAGCAGGUCAAGGCAAGAGCUCGAUGGCUGCUGAUCAGGUCGUGAAUGAAAUCAGAUCAAAAGGAGGAAAGGCUGUAGCCAACUAUGAUUCUGUUGAGGAUGGAGAUAAGCUUGUGCAAACUGCCCUCGAUAACUUUGGAAGGAUUGAUAUCGUUAUCAACAAUGCAGGCAUUCUCAGGGACCGGUCUUUUGCCAGGAUCAGUGAUAUGGACUGGGAUCUGGUUCACAGGGUCCAUCUGCGAGGUUCAUUCAUGGUGACCCGAGCAGCGUGGCCGCACAUGAAGAAACAGAAGUUUGGCCGCAUCAUCAUGACAUCAUCGGCUGCUGGUCUCUAUGGAAACUUUGGGCAGACAAACUACAGCGCAGCCAAGCUUGGGUUGGUUGGAAUGAGUAACACACUAUCAAGAGAGGGCGUAAAAUAUAACAUCCUCUGCAACACUAUAGCCCCCAUGGCGGCAUCUAGACUCACUGAAGACAUCAUGCCACCAGAUAUAUUUGAGAAGUUGAAGCCUGACUACGUUGCUCCUAUGGUAGCCUAUCUUAGUCAUGAACAAUGCCAGUCUACAGGAGGCAUCUACGAAUGUGGAGCAGGAUGGGCGGCCAAACUGCGAUGGCAGAGGACAGCUGGAGUAAAUUGCCUGAAGCCAGACCAACCGUAUACGGCUGAACAGAUUCGUGACAACUGGGAUAAGAUCUGUGAUUUUGAAGGGAAAGUCAGUUACCCUGCCAGCACACAAGAUUCCAUGAUGUUCAUGUUAGAGAGUAUGAAUGAAGGCUCAUCUGAUGCUGAUUCUUCUCCUAGUUCUAAGGGUGAUACCAGUGGGGACGGUGAUGAUGGAGGAUUUAAUCCGUCCAAGGCCAUCGGGGUUGAGAUGGGAGCCAAGGAUUUUCAAUACACUUCUAGAGAAGCGAUUCUUUAUGCUCUUGGAGUUGGUGUAUCGACCACCCAGCCAGACCAUCUGAAGUUCCUGUUUGAGCUGAAUGAAGAUUUCUGUGUACUGCCUACGUUUGGAGUAAUCCCAUCAUUCGCUGCACUACAAAACCUUACCUCUGUCCCAGGAUUAGAAUCAAUUGAUGUUACAAGGAUCCUCCACGGUGAACAAUAUCUGGAACUCAAGAAGCCUCUGGACACAUCAGCGAAGCUCACCAACAAGCCGAUGGUUGUGGACAUCGUGGACAAGAAAUCUGGAGCCGUUAUCAUCAUUAAUGCAAACUCCUACGAUGAAAACAAUGAACUGGUCAUUGUCAAUCAGAACGUGGUAUUCCUCGUUGGAGCAGGAGGUUUCGGAGGCAAGCGAUCAUCUCCCCACCUCAAGGAAACAGCGAAAGCGCCAUCCCGUGCACCUGAUGCCUCUCUGCAGGAGAAGACGUCUCUAGAUCAGGCUGCGCUCUAUAGGCUCAGUGGUGACUACAAUCCUCUUCAUAUUGAUCCGUCCUUUGCUGCCAUGGGAGGAUUUGCCCAGCCAAUUCUUCAUGGACUCUGUUCCUUUGGCUUUGCCUCUAGACAUGUUUUGAAGCAGUACGCCAACAACGAUGUCUCCAAGUUCAAAGCUAUCAAGGUGCGUUUCUCCAAGCCUGUUCUCCCUGGUCAGACCAUACAGACUGACAUGUGGCAGGAAGGUACCAGAAUCCAUUUCCAGAGUAAGGUUGUUGAGACUGGAGCUGUGUGUAUAUCUGGAGCUUACGUUGAUCUGCAUGGAGUAGCAGAGCAGAAGAACGCUGCUCCAAGUCAGCCAUCAUCAUCUGGUCUCAAGUCUGAGGCGAUCUUUUCUGCUGCCAGUGGGAUGGUCAGCGGCGCUCCUGAUCUUGUUAAGAAGGUCAAUGGUAUCAUCCAGUACAACAUCACAUCUGAUGGAAAGGUGGCAGGAGUAUGGACUAUUGAUCUGAAGGGUCAGGGUGCAGUCUAUGUAGGAGAGCCCAAGUCUGGCAAGGCCGAUGUUACCGUCACCAUAUCGGAUGAGGACUUUGUUGCGUUGGCUUCUGGAUCUCUGAAGCCACAGACGGCGUUCUUGUCGGGCAAGAUCAAGGUCAAAGGUCAGAUCAUGCUUCUCCAGAAGGUGCUUCCGAUGUUUGAGAGCUUCAUGAAGGGCAAGCUCUAAAGCCUCCUCCACAUAUGGCAUGGUUAUUCGCUGGGGGUAAAAUAUGCUUAACCCUUUUAGGACUGGAAUUAUUUCUCGGCUAAAUUGAUCACAUAUUGUCCUUCAAAUUGGCAACAAUUAUAUUUUUCUUUUAUUGCUACAUUGUUUUAAUAAGAUGCAAUGUCUCUAAAGUAAUGAUGUUGAAAAGUUGAAAAUUGCCAAUUUGGUCAAAAUAAAAUGAUUUGGAAUUUCACAAUGUGUUGCCAAACUAAGGAUUUUAAAGAUUAUUUUCCUUUUAUAAUUCCUGAAAUCAAAUGCAAGAUAGUCAUAACAUUAAAAAAUGGGUUGCAGUAUGUUCGAAAUUCUUGCCCUUUCUACUCGUGCAUCUGGCAUAUUUUUAGGGCUAUGAAUCAGAAGUUAUUGAGCCAAACUGUGGAAUGAUUUUUGCGAAAGGGUUAGUGACCUUUACAUUUCUAAAUUUGAUAUCAAUCGGAUAAUUGAGUAUGCAUAGGAGGAGCUUUGUUGCUCGCAGCUACUUCUUACUCAUCCCACUUGCCGUUCACUUAUGCAACAAAGAAAACAAAACACCUCCUACGUGAAUGAGUGUUAAGGAAAUCCUUGGUUGUUGUAAUCAUCAUUCCUGAUCACAAAGGGUGCAUUGACCAGAUAUAUGUAGCCUAGUUCACACUUGAAUUGGAAGCCUUCUAAAAAGGAAAAAAAGGAUUAAGAAAAAAUAAACCACUACCUCUAAAUAAAAUAACAUAGGCACUGUUCACUUCACAUAUCUGUAAUCUAUAGCACACAGAUAAAUGAGAAUGCCUAGGGAACUUAUCUUUCAUUCCACCUGCUGUUCAUUUGGGCUUUAAAUGAUUAUAUUUUGCAGAUUUUUGAUAAAGCUUGUUUAUUGCUUCAUUUGUGAACAAGGCCUAUGUGAGCUCUAUGUUUCUGUAAUUUAUUGAAUAUAACUAUGAGUGUGGUGGAUAUAGGAAUCCACUGUGACUUAAAAGUUGGACAUGAAAGUUGAACAUGUAAUUGACUCUAAACUUCAGUAAUUACUUGGAACAAUAUUUUUAUCUCAAGAUAUGAUUAUCUGAAAACAAUCAAUAAUCAUAGCAUUAUGUAAAUAGGGAUAAUAUUCUUUGACUUGUAGUUAUGCAGUUAAUGAAUUUUAAAUUCAAGUGGACCUUAUUUCACAUACAUUGCUUUCAUUUAUCCACUUGAUUUUGAUACCAAGACUUUGGUAAAUACAUUGUCAAUCCAUCAUUAAAUUGUAUUCAUGAAGAGUGUUACUUCACAUGGUGUGAAUUAAUUUAAUUGCAUGAGACAUUUCUUGAGUAAGCUGAGACAACUCCAUGUGAAGAAUUAAAUUUGUAUGAAAUAAUUUCUUUUAAAGGCAUGUUGUACUGUGCUACAUUAGCUAAGAAGGAAGAAAAAUGUGUAAAGAUUUAAAGCUACCUUGCAAUGAAGAUUUGAAAUGCAUAUUUUGUGGAAUUUGUGGAAUUAACAUGUCGUAAAGAUGACCUUUUUUUUUGGGGGGGGGGAGGGUUAAAAAUUGGUCUGCAAAGCACUGCAAUGUUACUUACAUUUUGCAAUAUACAUGUAGACAUUGACUGAGGGUCCUGAUGCAAACAACAAAAUCACCUGUUUAGAGCAUUAACUCUGUGUUGAAUUACAUCAGUUAACACCCUUCUGGCAUCAGACAGACAAACUAUGGCAUCUUGGUAAUUGAACUUCAAUGAAUGAUUCUUGUUUAAUACUGUAUGAUGUUAUAUGUUCAAGAAAUAUGUAUUUGUUAUACAGAUAUAAUUUAUCACAUGUAAUUUUCAUGUAAAACUUAUUAGUGCCAUUCUGUAAAUUUGGCACUUUAUUUUAAGAAUGAUUAAGUUUACCAGUACCCUAUUAUGGAAUGGUGUUCAUGGUCUUCCAAAACCUCUAGCACUAAAGUGUGAAAGUACAGGGUGUCUAAAAAAAUAUAUAUAUUAAAAACAAAUAUUUUAAUAGGCAAUAUCGUAAAAAGUUUGUAAUCAUCCUCACUGAAAUUUGAUGGGUAACAUCAUAAUAGCAUCCCCUAAAUUGUGUGUGAAUUUCACAAGUAUUUAAGCUAAUACUGAAGAGUUAUGGUUGUUUUUUAUGACAUGCCAGCCCAUUACUUUUGCAUUUCCGACAAACUUUUUUCUGUUUAAAUCAUUCCAAGUGGUAAUUUCUUGGUGAAAUCACUACUGACACAAUGAAAAUUGAGACACUCUGUAUUUUAACAGUUCUAGAAAAGAAUCUGAUCACUAGGCCCCCACAAGACCGAUGCUAGGUAUUGAUAAAUUAUCAUAUUUUGUAAUGACUUGCCAUAAAUUGGUUGCAGACGUAUUAAAUGUUUGACAUUUGAGAAAAAUUUACGGAGGAGUUUGGAGGAUGUUCGAUUCAUUUGGGAUGUUGAUGAAAACUUCCUGUUGUGUCUCGUGAACUAUUAUUAAUGAUGUCUCUUUGAGAAUAUUAUGAAUAGUAGGUGGUAUGGCCAAUCAUUAAUGUGGUUUUCGACUAUUUCUACUGUAUGAUGGUUUGUAUAGAUUUUUAUAUUGAUAUAUUAUGAAUUAAUAACGAAAUACACUGUGAAUGAUACCAAUGAAA